AUGGGCCUCGGAGUUCUAGAAAAUACGGACGGUCAUCAUGUCCCCGGCACCGUCACUCUCGACCAGUCGGCCGCCGAUCCUUCCGAGAGUCAUGAGCGUCUGAAGCGCGGCUCGGGCAAGGAAUCUCAUAUUGUUCUUGUUCCGCAGCCCGCCGAUGACCCCAAUGAUCCGUUGAAUUGGUCCAACUCCAAGAAGAUGGCCGUCUUCGCCAUCAUCCUCCUUGGAACGGCCUUUGUCUGCGUGGUUCCUGCACCCAUGUUGAAUGCCGGCAUCGUCCAGGUUGCCACCGACCUUAAUCGAUCCUUUUCCGAUAUUGCCAAGCUGAACGGAUACAUGCUACUCGCCGUCGGUGCUGUCUCCCCCUUCGCUUCAGCCUUUGCUCGAAAGUACGGGAAGCGACCUGUCUUUGUUGUGUCCUCUGUCGUCGGCCUCGCCGGGUGCCUCGUUGCCGAGUUCUCCAGAAACUACAACACGCUCGUCGCGGGAAGACUGCUUCAGGGGUUCGGUGCCUCUGCAUACGAGUCUCUUUGCACUUCUGUCGUGACCGACAUCUACUUUGUGCAUCAACGGGGUGUCUACGUUGCUCUGGUCAUCUUCUUCCUGAGCAGUCUAAGCAACGGUGUCUCCGUCCUCGCUGGCCUCAUCACAACCAGGCUCGGAUGGCCUUACAACUUUCACAUCCUUCUACCGUUUGUGGCCAUACAGACCAUCCUUGUCAUUCUCUUUGUCCCCGAGACCGCGUACAACCGAUCGCCUGCUUUCAAUAUCGACCGAAUCGGUUCCAACACAGAGCUUGAUGGAGCUGAGGAGAAGAGGCCUGAUGCUGACCAUGUUGAAAUCGCGCAAUGCAAGUCUAGCCCUGGCUCUACAACGAGCGACCUUCCACGGCCAAAGACGUUCUACCAGGAGCUUGCUCUCUACAAUGGGCGGUUCACAGAGAAGUCGUUGAUCUCCAUGGUCCUAGCCAGCAUUUUCAUCAUUCUCAACCUCAUCGCCUCGUACAACAUUUUCGUGUCUGGGUUGAUUAUGGCGUGGUUUGUGGCCAUGUCGGUCCUUGCCGGUGUCAUGUUUGCGGCACCUCCAUGGGGAUUCAACGCUGCAGCGGUUGGCUACGUCUCAGCUGGGCCACUUGUCGGAGGUGCUCUCGCUACCAUCUUUCUGGGCCUUGUUUCCGAUCCUCUUAUCAAAUUCAUGACGAGACGCAACAAGGGUGUGUAUGAGCCAGAAUUCAGACUUGUCCUCGCAAGUGUGGGUGCAAUCUUUUCUGUAGCUGGCUUAGUGGGAUUUGGCCAUGCAAUCGAAUCUCAGCUGUCCAUCUACGCCAUUUCUACUAUUUGGGGCAUCACGCUGUUCGGCAUGAGCGUGGCUGCUAGCGUCACCAUGGCUUAUGCACUUGACGCUCAGCCUGCACAUGCCGUCGAAAUGUUCAUCAUGAACAUCACGUUCAAGAACUUUUUCUUCUACGGUCUGACCAAUUUCAUUGUGGAUUGGUAUGUAGCAAGGGGUGCAGCCGAACUCUUUGACACAAUCGCUGGCAUCACAGGGUUCCUAAUGCUUCUCACCGUUCCCAUGUAUGUGUACGGAAAGCGAUACCGCCACCACUGGGGCCAUCAUAACUUGCUCGUCUUGUUGCAUUUGGAUGAGAGCCCAAACGCUAAGCAUUGA